AUGCAUGAGCCCCCGGACCCGCUGGCUCUACUGGGAGGCACUGGGCCGGUGGGGGGGCAGGACUGGUACCCGGGCGACCCGCCGCAGCAUCCUCACUCAGCAGCCGGAGGAUGCGAGCCCAUCUACCGCGGCAGCAGCCGGAGUCGUGUCGGGAUCAUUCGUUUAUGGGGAUCAGGAGGUGAUCAGUCCUACCUGGAGGUAACCAGAGGUCAUCGGAUGGAGAAGACGUUGAUCUGCCGAGCCUGUCACAUGGUGUUCCGCUCCACCAGGCUGCUGGAGAAACACACAGCGAUGUUUUGCAUCGGUGGGGGGGCGGAGAGAGAGAGCGGAGGUGGAGGUGUGGAUGCUAAACAGACCAGAGCUCCUGAUCCUGUUCAGACGAGGAUUCAAAGGAGAAUCCCCAUCACGAGGAGCCGUGCUGAGGCCGAGCUGGAGUCAAGAGCAGAAGACAAACGGGCGAGCGCUCAGACGGACGCUGCUGCUCUGCGGAAUCUAACUGACGAGUUUCACAGGCUGAGGAUGUCCAUCGAGGAAAAUAUCCCAAACUGGUCAGGAAGCUCUGAGCCGAGCCCACGUCAUCUGGGUCACACCGAGGGGCUGAAGGAGAUGAGGGAGAUGGCGACGCUCCACCAGCGCCAAGUGGCUCUGAUCCACGCUCACAACCGGCAGCUGGAGCAGCAGAGAGACGAGCGGGCCCAUCAGGUCUCUGUCCUGAGUGAGCAGAGCCGCUCGAGUCAGCUGGACAAUCUGCUGAUGGAGCUGAGGGAGCAGGAGGAGAGGAACCAGGAGACACUGCAAGAACUCGCUCGACAUCUCCAUGCACUACAUGUGCGACCUGCUGAUCAGCCAGAUCCAGCCGAGAAUCCAAAGAUGCAUCCUGACAACUACAAGCUCAUUGCCUCUGCGGAUGGGCCGCUCUCUGCACAGAUAAAAGCCCUGCGACAGACUUACCUGCAGUCAGGUGGGUCGGAUCCAGCCGUCGUGGCGCAGAUGACCGACCUGCAAGCAGAAGCCCAAAAUCUGGAGGAGAAUCACACAGCAGCAGCGGAGGACAGGAAGGUGAGGCCUCGUCAGCCGGGUCCGAGCUGGGAGCUGCUGGCUCUGGAUCAGGAGAACCAGAGGCUGGAGGAGGAGAUCCUCAGGAUGCAGCUGGACAGAGAGAGAAAACAUGACCACGAAGCAGCAGUGAGGACUGAGCAUUGGUUGAUCCAGAGGGAGAAGCUCCAGCAGAGUUUACAAGCGGAGGUGGAGAGAGGUGGAGAAGCUUCCUGGUCCUGCAGACAACCUCCUCCUCUGGUUCCACUCCAAACCAAGACCCACACCCAAGCACCUUUUCCUCUGCUCCAGACGAGAUCCUUCUCCUCUACGUCAGGCAGACACGUGAUGGACCCACUGGACUCUCUGGGUCCAGCUCCCUACGACCCUGCAGCUGGUUUUGUGGUUUUCUUUGACCUGGCUCUUGGAGUCGAUGCCUCUCAGAAAACACUGCGCCUGGUGGCCGCUCUCUACUCUGAGGGUGUGGAGGUGGGACCCCCGACUCCACUGCCCCCUGUCCAGUGUCUGCCGGGGUUAUCUUCACCGUACACCCACAGCCUCGCCCCUGGGAACUACGCUCUUCUGUCAGUGAAACAGCCCGUUCCCAGGAUCCAGCCGUCAGCGUCCCUCUGCCUGGUGCUGGAGGUGCAGGCAGCCGGAGAUCUGGAUGUCCACAACCAGGAGGUGUUCAGACAGUCGCCCUCCGGCUGGACACGACUGGAACUCUUCGAUCAACACAACCAGCUCUGUAGUGGCCACUGGAGGAUGCCAGUGCGCUGUCUGCCUGUUAAACCUUCACUCAGCAUCGCCCAGCUCAACACAAUAAACCAGGUGGGGAACAUGGAGCUGUGUGUACGUUUGGUAAACAGCCGAGACGAGGACAUGCAGACCCUCGUGAAGCCGGACCCUGCCAGCACCAGGCACUACAGAUAUCAGGCUGUAGUGUCCUCUCUCCACGCGACUGGACAAGCAGCUCCGUCAGUUUCAGCUCCACGGCCCACAGAGGUGAAUCAGCUCUGCUCCCCGCUGACAUCGACCCAUCACACAAACCCUCCACCCACAGAUGGAGCCAGUCAGAGUUAA